AUUCACCAAAAAUUAAAAUGUUCUUACUUUACAAAAUUUGCAAUCAAUUUGCAGAAUGUGAUACCACUUUGGAAAGAAGUGGAGUACUACAAAGACUACCAAACCAAACUAAAAUCCUACGUCGGCGACUCGAAAGCCAAGUCGAUAAUCAACGAAGCUCUCUACCUAAUAAGCUUAGGCACGAACGACUUCCUCGAGAACUACUACACCAUCCCAAGCACGCGAUCCAAGUACACGAUCGAUCAAUUCCAAGACUUUCUUAUCGGGCUCGUCGAGAAUUUCGUGAAGGAAAUAUACGGGCUCGGGGCCCGCAAGAUAUCUCUAACGGGCCUCCCUCCGAUGGGGUGCCUCCCGUUGGAACGGAGCACGAAUUUCUUCAACGGGAAUGGCGACGGAUGCAUGGAUGGGUACAACGUCGUCGCGUUGCACUUUAAUGGGAAAUUGAGUGGAUUGGUUGAGAAGAUGAAUAAGGAGAUGAAAGGGAUUAGGGUUGUUUUCUCAAACCCUUAUGGUGUUUUCAUGCAGAUCAUUAAGAAGCCUUCUAGUUUUGGAUUUGAAGUGGCAUCAGUGGCAUGUUGUGCAUCAGGAAUGUUUGAGAUGGGGUACUUGUGUGAUGUGUUGAAUCCAUUUACUUGUUCAGAUGCAAGUAAAUAUGUUUUCUGGGAUUCUUUUCAUCCAACUCAGAAAACUAGUCAGAUUAUUUCUGACUACUUCAUGAAGCAUAGUUUGCACGAAUUCUUGUGAAUACUAUAUUAUUUUUACAUAUAUUUUCAAGAAUAAUUUUGUACUUUUAUUUUAGCGCGUAUAUUCGGUUUUUUUUUUCUUUUUUCGGGUGAUUAUUUGGAAGAUAUGUUCGAUUGUAAGUGGUUGAUGGUGCUCGUGUGAUUUACGAAUUAUUACUUGUAUUUUUUUCGGUUUCAAUUUCGGUUUCGGUUCAAUUUCAGUUUGAGGUUUUUUCGAGUU